CUCUGACUAAGCUGCCGUAUGCUGGUACGCGACAUCGCUAAGUUCGCUACUCUUGGCGCUAAAAGAAAUUAUAUAUACGGAAAUUGUCACUAGUUUAUUCAGCGGGAAGGAUGGUUCUACGUAGGCGCGUACAAGCGCACUAGAUACAGGCUUCACAGUCGUUAGGGCCUUCAUUUCACCUCCAGGCGCUGCCAAAUACUGUUGACGUACAUCACUUGCAACAUAAAAAUGGUUCUCCUACAAUGCUUACUUGCUUAGGCGCAUCCUAGUUGCUUAAAGUUUGUGUGGGUAGGUUGCUUGCUUGCCACGACGACAAAUGGAGCACCCAACUUCGCAAGCGCGUUACGUACGCGUGCACGAAUCUGAUGAGUUCGAACCAGCUGGAUCAACCGCCAUCACCAUCCUCAACAACACCCCUGCCGCAACAGCUCCUGCCUCCUCCCUCGACGCCCCUCAUCAUCAUCAUCAUCACACCACCUCGCCCUCCUCCUUCCCCAAGCCCCGCACCUCCACCUCCUCCUCCUCCUCCUCCUCCUCCCUGCGUUCCGCCCGCUGGUGUUUCUUCCUGCUGGGGGCGGGGCUUCUAAGCUGCUGGAACGCUCUGCUCACAGCAACCGACUACUUCCAGGCCCUCUACCCUGGUUAUCACACGGACCGGCUGUUCACCGUGUGCUACCUGCCCGUGUGUGCGGCCAUGGUGGGACUGGGAAUACGCUAGAUGCGGUCCUGAUGGCCCCCCGCACCCCCCACAGCGCCAACACCAACACCACUCUCACCGCCACCACCGCCAUCACCAGCACCCACCUCCACCACCCCAGCAGCAUCCUCGCCGCUUCCACCCCCUCCCCCUCCCUCUCAUCCCCCUCCCCCCCGCCCCCCCCUGCCGCCCCGCUGUGGGGGCUGCUGGCGGUGUGUGGUGCGGUGGUGGGGGUGGGACUGUGUGACGGGCUGAGCCAGGGGGCGCUGUUCGGACUGGUGGCGCAGCUGCCGCAGGGUUGCAUGCAGGCCCUGGUGAGCGGCACCGCCAGCUCGGGGGUACUUGUGUGCCUACUGAGGCUGGGAUGCAAGGCGGCGUGGAGCGAUGGAGGAGGGGGAGGGGCAGGGGCUGCAGACGAGGGGUAUGACUUGGCGGGGCUGCGAAACGCUACACGGCUGUACUUUGGGCUGGCAGGUCUGCUGUCCCUGAGCUGCCUGCUGGUGUACGACCACCUGCUGCCUCGCCUGCUGGCCAGCUGCGACCACCACCAGGGGCUACUAAUGCAGCAGCAGCAGCAGCUGGGCUCUUGUCGUACUGAUGAAGGUACUGGAGAGCUAGAACAACAACAAGAACCGGAUGCAACUAACAAGAAGGAUGGUGGUGGAGGCCCGAAAUGUGACUGUAGUACGGCGGAAGAAGUCGCGGGUCACGACGACGAUGGUAAUGACGAUGAUGUGGAUCAUCCACACCUCCGCAGUCGUGCAGAGCAGCAGCCGCUGCUGCUCCCUCCGCUGCUGUCACCGCAGCAGCAGCAUCAACAACAUCAGCAGCCGCAGCCGCAAUCACCUGGUUUGUUAAAAGUGGAGCUCAUACCCAGCAGGGAGGUGUUGCAGAAGCCGCUCUCCACGACCCAUGGGUCAGUGGGCGGGUCCGGCCCCUCCCCACAGUGCUACCACCCUCCCGCUGCAGAAGUACACGCUGGCAGCACCAAUGGCAGCACCAGUGGCAGCCCCACGUCCCCCGUCCUGGCCUGUCUGCGGCGGUGCUGGCCUGCGUGCGGCUGCCUGGGGCUGACCUACUCCGUCACCCUGGCCAUCUUCCCCGGGGUGCUGGCGGAGGAUGUCAAGAGCCCCCAGCUGGGUGACUGGUACCCGCUGCUGCUGCUCUCCGCAUUCAACGCAGCGGACCUGCUGGGGAAGAGCCUGCCCCCCCUCGCACCCCCACCCACACUCGCACCCGCACCCGCUCUCGACGAUGGGAGGCUGCGAGAGAAGGAGCAGCAGCAGCAGGGAGAGAGGUUGCUGCAGCCGCGGCGCUGGCCCUUGAGAAGUAUGGUAGUGGUGGAGUGGGAGGUGUUGCUGCGGCCGUUGCGGCGACCCAUGGGUCUGCUGGCAGCUGCCGCGCUGCGGGGCGUCCUGGCGCUGCCCGCCUUCCUGGCGGCUGCGAGGGGCGGCGGGGGGGCGGGGGUGAUGGCGGCGCUGACGGUGGCACUGGGCGUCAGUAAUGGUUUCCUGACCACCCAAGCCCUCACUCUGGGGCCAGCCACCGCCGUUGCAACCACCACCUCCACCACCACCACCACCACCACCACCACCACCAGCAGCAAUGGUGGUGGCAGCAAAAGAAGCGCCAUGCACCCUCGCCGCAACGCCAACGCUCCUGCUGAGCUACUGCAGGAAGAGGAGGAGGAGGACGAAGAGGAGCAGAAGGAGGAGGAAGAGGCGGAUGCCGCCCUGCAGUCCACGAAGGACCCGCUCCUCCCCAAACCCGCUGCACCUCCGCACCCCCACCCCUGCUCCUCCUCCCCCUACUCCCACCACCCCCACCCCUGCUCCUCCUCCCCCUACUCCCACCACCCCCACCCCUGCUCCUAUCCCCCCUCCUCCCACCACCCCCACCCCUGCUCCUAUCCCCCCUCCUCCCACCACCCCCACCCCUGCUCCUCCUCCCACUCCUCCCACCACCCCCACCCCUGCUCCUCCCACUCCCCCCACCCCGCUGCUGCCGAGGUGGUCGAGCAGCUGCUGGUGCUCAGCAUGCUGCUGGGUCUCAACGCGGGGGCGUACCUGGGCUGGCUGUGGCUGCUGUAGGGGGAGAGAUGUAGAGACGUAGAGAUGUAGGGGAGGAGGUCGGGGAUGAUGGCCAAACCAGAGGAAACCACGGACUAGCGCACACAAUGGGGUUAGGGGUAUGUAGGGAAGAAAGAGAAGGCUUGUCGUUUGUGGUGGGUUAAUAUAAUCGGCCGCGAGGCGAAACGUACUGUGAUUGCCGAAAGAUGGUGUCGUGUGUGUGUAUUUCUGGUCCCAGGUUGGUGGUGCGAGGUGGGGGGGGGGGAGACUACAACAGGAGUAGGGCUGCAGGUCCGUUGGGAGUUAGCGGUUGGGAGUUGCCGGUAGGUGGCGGGGAAGGGGAGUGCGGCUAGAGCCUUAGCGAGCUGGGAGGCUGGGUCACCGAAGUACGUAUGGGGGAGAAACUCGUCACAGCAGCGGUGGUGUGCCCCACACCCUGUCAUGUAACAUUAUAUGUGUGUAGGGCUUUACAUGUAUAGGUUAUUCAUGUACAGGCGAUGUACUUCUGUAUAAUAGUAACCAAGCUACUUGUGUAUAUUUGCGUAUGCACGUGUGGAGCCGAUGGCGCGAGUGGUGUUACACACAAGGAGGAGGAGGAGGAAACACCGCCGUCCCGCAAGAAAAAGAACCACAGCUUCACCUCUCCGUGCUGCACAGCCACUGCCGUACACCGGUACGGCAAGCAAGCCACGCGGGUUCUGCAAUUAAAUAUAGGUAGCGAUCCCCCCUAUGAGCUGUAACGUCCCUC